AACGGUCAAUAUGCCGUCAAACAGCCAUCCCCGCCUAGUUUUCUACUUGUUAUGUGUAGCCUCCUUGCUGGCUGUGGCCCGCUCAGAGACCGGUAGUAGCAAAAAUUCCUACUUUAUGUCCUAUUUCUAUUAUUUGAUUUUGAAUUUUGUCAAUCCCUACGCCUUCCCCAUAUACCAAAGAAUUGUACAUAUGUCAUACAACACACCGGAUGGACCUGGUGAAGAUUUGGCCUAUGAAGCAGCCAAACAACUUGGAAUACUCAAUCAUCGUCUCAAUCUUCUCAGGCUCGAAGAGGAAUCCCGGCAGAUAUCGUUACCCAAUGUUACGGUUGGCAAUUUGUUGAGCAGCAUUCCGUGUUCAUGCGACAAAGGGGUUUGCAAAUGUUGCGCAGGUUUCUUGGCUGUGAUUGGAAUGAAUUCUUGUACUGAAAUCGUGUAUCGCCCUGAAGAGUUCUCAUUCGAGUUGCGUAUGAAAGUCAACAACAAUGUCUGGUUUAAGCGAAAAGUAUCCGGACAAAAUCCGCCGCCCAUGUGCUUUCGUCCACCAAGAUUCGGCUUUGCCCAGGCCUGCGUACAAUUUCACGAUAUUUGGUUUCUGGGCCGUAAUAUGCACGUAUGCAUGUUCAUGUCGGCUUCAUUCCAAGGUUAUGAAUUGUUUGAAAGGAAUUUUGACUGCCUGCUAUUUGGAGAUAAAGGGAUUAAAAUUGUUAAACCAGAGGAGGGCUAUCCCGUGCGUCCCGGAGAUGUUGAUAUUGAUGAUGACAACGAUGAAAUUGAAGACUAUGACGAAAAUGUCGUGAGGAAGAAGAGGCAUUUCGCAAAGAACCCUUCAGAAAAGUGGUCGCCUUUAGGUAUCCACCAUAACUGA